AUGGCGUCCGACGCAAAAGCUGCAUGGGAUAGCCAUGUCGACACAAGGACUGGAAUUACACCACCAAAGCCAGAUGAGCCGUCUGAGCUUGCGAAAUUGAGAGCCUCUGUGGGAAGCAAGUUCGGAGCAUUUGCGGCUCUCAUGGGAGCUGCAGCAGCGCCGGUACCACAGACUGGAGAUGGCUCCAAGCUUGCAGAAGAGGACCCAACUGUGCUCAAAAAGAUAGAAGGUAUCAUGCGCGACAUGUCCCACCUCCGAAUUGAGAACAUGCAGACUCUCCUGGAAGCCCAGAAGCACAAAAUGACCGGAGAGCUGAUGGACGACAAGACUUACUUCAUGGAAGGACUAAUCCGAACUGCUGCUGCGUUACCGGAUGGCUCAAAAACUAGAGACACUGUUACCCAUAGUUUCCUGGAGCAAUUGUGGAAUGAUCUAGAGCAUCCACCUCAAUCUUACCUUGGAGCGAAGUACCAGUAUAGGUCGGCUGAUGGCUCGAACAACAGCUUGAAACAUCCCCAGCUCGGUGCGGCAGGAACACCAUAUGCGCGCACCGUCAAGCCCUCGAUGAUGCAGACUCCUGCGCGACCAGAUCCUGGCGUUGUGUUCGAUAGCAUCAUGACGAGAAAGCAUGCCGAGCUGCACCCAAACAGAAUCUCAAGUAUGCUUUUCUAUCUGGCCUCCAUCAUCAUACACGACUGCUUCAGGACCAGCCAUGAAGACUACUCCGUCUCGAUGACAUCGUCAUAUCUGGAUCUUUCGCCUCUGUAUGGCAGCAAUCAAGCAGAGCAGGACCAGAUGAGAACGAUGAUAGACGGAAAGAUCAAGCCAGAUUGUUUCUCCGAAUCUCGUCUGCUGUUCUUCCCACCUGGAGUCGGCGCGCUGCUGAUCAUGUUCAACCGUUUCCACAACUAUGUAGUGGAGAACCUCGCACUUGUCAAUGAGCAGAACCGCUUCCCGAAGCCUGCUGCAGAGGCGCCAAAGUCUACUGGUGAUGAGGAAAAGGAUGAGGCAGCCAAGGCCAAGUACGAAAAGUCCAAGGUAAAGUACGACAACGAUUUGUUCCAGACUGGACGUCUCAUCACGUGCGGUCUCUACGUCAACAUCAUCCUCAUCGACUACGUCCGCACUAUUCUGGACCUCAACCGCACAGACAGCAACUGGCAGCUCAAUCCUCGUGCUGAGAUGGAGAACGUCGAGCUCGGUGUCGGUAACCAGGUUUCUGCAGAGUUCAACCUCGUCUACAGGUGGCACUCGACAGUAUCUGACCGUGACGAAAAGUGGACUCAGGAGAUGUGGGACGGCCUCUUUGGUGAAGGCCGAGAUCCAAAGACUGUCGGAAAGUGGGAGUUUCUCCAGCGUUUGAACGAUGUGUACAAGACAACCGAUCCAGACCCGUCGAAACGAAAGUUUGCCGGGCUGGCACGCAAUCAGGAUGGCACUUUGCCAGAUCAAGAACUCGUCGACAUGCUCGUAUCUAGUAUUGAAGACUGUGCCAACUCUUUUGGACCGAACAGGGUGCCGUCAGUGUUCCGCGCCAUCGAGGUCCUUGGUAUCGAACAAGCGCGAAGCUGGAAUCUGGGCUCUUUGAAUGAGUUCCGAAAACACUUCGAUCUUGAGCCUCACAAGACUUUCGAAGACAUUACCAGUGAUAAGUAUGUUCAAGAACAGCUCAAGCACCUCUACGACCAUCCGGACAAGGUCGAAAUCUACCCCGGUAUCGUAGUGGAAGAUGCGAAGAAGCCCAUGGCACCUGGCUCUGGUCUUUGCCCUGGAUACACGACAUCGCGCGCUGUACUGUCAGAUGCCGUUGCUCUUGUCCGUGGCGAUCGCUUUUACACCAAGGACUACAACCCCAGCACACUCACGAACUGGGGCUAUCGUUGUGUGGAUAGCGAUACUGACAUCGACAAUGGCUGCGUCUUCUACAAGCUCUUCCUCCGAGCUUUCCCCAACCAUUUCAAACAGAACAGCGUAUAUGCCCACUAUCCGCUCACCAUUCCAUCCGCCAUGCAAGAAGCUCUCAAGGAUUUGAAGAAGGACAAGCUAUACGACUUCUCGAAGCCGACGCCAGCAAGUACUCUGCAUGUCGUCAAAGAAUACAAACUCGCCACACAGAUCUUGCUAGACCAAUCCACCUUCAAGGUAGCCUGGGGCAAAGCAAUGGAAUUCAUAAUGGGCCCAUUCGGCAAAGAGUUCUCGCUCGCCGGCGACACCCCAACCAACACUGCGUCGCGCGAGAUGAUGUCCAAAGCUCUAUACGUAAAAGACUGGGAGAAAGACGUGCGAGCAUUCUACACCUCCAAGACCAAAGAACUCCUGCAAGAAAAAUCCGCACACAUUGCAGACUUCAACCAAGUCGACAUCAUCCGCGAUGUCGGCAAUCUCGCCCACGUCCACUUCUGCGCGGAGCUCUUCAUGCUCCCGCUCAAAACCGACGAGCGCCCGCACGGCAUCUUCACCGAGUCGGAGCUCUACCUGAUCCUGUCCAGCGUGUUUGCGCUCAUCUUCUUCGACGUCGACCCCGCGGGCUCGUUUCCGCUGCACGUCAAGGCGCGCAAGGCCACGCAAGUCCUCGGGUCGGUCAUCGAGAAGAACGUCGAGGCCAUCGCGCACGGCGGCCUGCUGCACGCCGUCACAAAGGCCAUCUGGCCCGAGCAAGGCGGGCUGCAGAACUACGGCAUCCACAUGAUCCAGCGGCUCCUGCAGACGGGCAUGCCCGCGCCGCAGCUCGUCUGGGGCCAUAUCUUCGGCACCGCGGGCGCCAUGGUCGCGAACCAGGGGCAGUUGUUUGCGCAGACGCUCGAGUACUACAUCCUAGGCGAAGGCAAGGCGCACUGGGCUAGUAUCCAGGCGCUCGCGCACGACGAGAGCGAGAGCGCGUUUGCAAAACUGAUGCAUUACGCCAUGGAGGGCGGGCGCUUGAAUGGCGAAACGGCCGUCAUGCGAGACGUCGCGCAAGACUCGACGACGACGACGAUUAGGGCUGGCGACAGGGUUUUUGUAGACCUCCGUGCUGCGUCGCAUGAUCCGAAUGUCUUCCCCAACCCGGACUCCGUCGACAUCACACGCCCGCUCGACGCGUACAUUCAUCUGGGCUUCGGCCCGCACCAGUGCCUUGGGCUGCCGAUGGUGCGCGUCAUAAUGACUGCGAUGCUCAAGGAGGUCGCGAAGUUGAAGAAUCUCCGGCCCGCGCCGGGGCCGCAGGGGAAGAUACAUAAAGUAGAGAAGGGCGUGGGCGAAGAAUAUCCGUAUCAUGCAUACUUGACGGAGAUGCAGGAUAUGUACUUUCCGUUCCCUUGUUCGCUGAAGCUUGUUUGGGACGACUAA